AUGAAGUUCACCAACGCUAUCCUCUUGUUUGGCGCCACUGCACUCACUAAACAAGCCUGUGCCGCCAGCGCGGACACAUGCUCGCAACAGUUGCACAAGUAUCAGGCCGCUGAUCUAAAUGCUUCUUGUGCUUCAAACUCGGGCUCGGGGCCUUUUGACUACAGUCUUUCGGACAAAGACGUGACUGUUUACUGUGGAACAUGGCACCGAGCGGAUGGAUUUCAGGUCUUAGAAAAGUCUACUUUCAGUGACUGUGUUGAUGCAUGCAUAUCGAACAGCUUAUGCAACAGUGUGAUCUAUGCUAGGGAAGGACAAAGACCCCUGGGCAAUAGGGGCAACUGUGUCUUGAACGUCUUUGGCCUCCCCGGCUCACUCCCUAACAAAUCAGGGGCUGCGUGGAACGCGGCCUACAUCAAGUAA